CCGGGUCCUCAGUCAGCCGCUGGCCUUAGUUGCAAGCGGAUCUGUUGGUUGUUGUGUCGCGCGCUAUCGAUCGGUUUUAUGAUGGUGAGGCCUUUCUAACAUAUGGUAGCUCUGUCCUCUUCUACCGUGGCCAGAAGCGGCGUGAGCAUGGUGGCUUGGACCAUCGGGGUCGUCUUUUUCGUGCUGUCGAACGUCCAAGCGGUUCCCGACAUUAAAUACGGAGGCGAUGUAAGUGGAGACGAAGUGGUUAUCGACCAACUGGAGGAUUACAUCCGGUCCCAUGGCUCUCAACACCUGUACGCCCCAUCCGGGGACCAGCCCCGUCGCUAUCAGCAGAAGCUGAAUGAGAAGAUCAAAUUCGGCGUGACCCCGCAGGACCCCCGAUACUACGAUACUGCAGAGGCAGUAGAGGGUCCGCCGGACAACACGGAGGCGAGGUUCCGACCCUACCUCCCGCCUAAUUUGGCAGCAUUAGGGGCGGUAGCGGGCAUCGAGUCACAGCCUCAAUAUCCGAGUGACGUGAACCAGUACCAGGACGAAGAUGCCCAAUACCCAUCCAACCAGUAUGUGCAGGACCAAUACCCUGACCAGUUCCCCUUCAGGGAUCCAGGGUAUCCAGCGGUGGGACGGCCUGAGGUUCCAUUCUACGGGAACCCCAGGCUUGAAGACCUCGAGAGGCUGCAGGAGAUGCGGGCCAUGGCCCCUGAAGGGCGCCAAGGGCACCCACCUCAACCCAUGAUGCCCAUGGGAUUCAGGGAAGAGGAGGAGGUCGAGGAGGAGGAAGACAGGGACGAAUCCAAGCGAAUGAUGGUCCCAGGGGAAGACGAGGGCGGGGAGCUGGGGGGCGGCUCCCCUUCACAUUCCUCGGCGGGAGCCGAGAGGGCGAGAAGAAUAAGAGCAGCUGUUAAAGCUUCGGCAGCAACAUCUCAGCCCGAAGCCGUCAACUACAUGAACAGGUCACCUGCACAUGCGCAGAAUGCGGGUUACGUCCUGCACGAGGCGGACCCUCACACCCAACUCAAUGAUAUCUACUUCACCGCAAUCGUCGCCGGCUGCACAGCUGCUGCUGUGUGUGCUGUCAUUGGCGCCGGCAUGUGCUGGUACAGGCUAAACAAGAGCCACCGAGCUGCACAGGAUGCCGAAUACCCAGCCUACGGAGUCACAGGACCCAACAAGGAUCUCUCGCCUUCCAGCGGUGAUAGGAAGCUUGCCCAAUCUGCCCACAUGUACCACUACCAACACCAAAAGCAACAGAUGAUCGCUUUGGAAAAAUCGUCGGGAGGAGAACGUCACGGCUCGGCCUCCGACGUGGACUCCGAGGAGGAAGGCGAGGAGAACGAAUACACCGUCUACGAGUGCCCUGGCUUAGCCCCGACUGGCGAGAUGGAGGUGAAAAAUCCUUUAUUCCACGACGACCCCACCCCUGCCACGCCCUCCAUGCGAAAAGACCAAGAAGAUGAAGACGAAGACGACGAGGACGAAGAAGAACAAAAGGCCAAGUGAAGAAAAGGGGACGAAGAAGGAAACUGAGAAGAAAGAAAAACCGAGUCAAUAGAAGAAAUCUUGAUCAAAUUGGGAAAGAAAAGCCUUUGUCAUGGCUAGGUUUUCUUGGUUCGUUUACUUCCUGAAUUGUUCGAGUUUUCUUUCUUUUUUCCCAUUUUCUUAAAAGAUUAUUUUCUGUGAUUAGUAGGGUUGGAGGGAAGACUCAACUAAAUGAGGGGGACAUCAACUCGUGACACACUUUCCCCGUGUCUGAAGGCUUCGUUUAUUUCGCUGAAAAUCUCUGAAGAAAGCCAAGUUGUCUAAAAUGAAUCAGUUUUGAUAAUGGGUUUUCAUAAAAACAAACCUUAAAAUUACGGAUUCCAGUAUAAAGUUUCAAAAGAAGUCCUGAAUAAACAUAUUCUUUCAAAAGCAAUUUUUAAUAAGUAUUUCCCAUCACUACGAGUCAGAAUAAGUUCUUUUAAGACAAGCUAUGAAUAAGCACACAGUUCCCCCCAAUUAUGAUUUAAAUUACCGACGGUUAAAAAAAGAAGAAAAAAAAAUGUCUUGUUUCUGUUAGCACUUGCAUAAAGAAAGUUUCCUGUUUUCAAAUAAGAUUUGAACAAGGGUUUUGUUUCCCAAAGAGGAUUCGAAGGAGGAUUUUGGCUCCGGAUAAACGAUUACCACUAGGAUUUUUCUUUCUAAUUGAGGACUGAACAAGAGGUUUUAAUUUUCUGGGGAGGAUUUGAAUUUUUGUUUCCCAAGAGUAUCUCAAUAACCACUUUGCCUCCCAUGAGGACUUGAAUAAGCAUCUUGCUUUCUAAAAGGACCAGAAAAGCACCGUUUCCCUAAGAGGAUUUCAAUGAGUAUGUUGCCUCUCACGAAGAAUUGAAAAACUCUCCACAAGCACCAUUUGGAAAAACUAGUUUGUUCACCAAUUUUCAAUUCCAUCAAAAAAGGCUGGCUUCGUUAAGUAACUUAUCAACAACAUCAAGGAAACACCAGAGGGGGAGGGGGUCUUACAAUCAUCACCUAAUACCAUCAAUACGAACAGCUGAUAAUAUGAAAUUCACGAACUCGAGAGUUAAGUGGUGAUGCCAAUGUGCUUGAACAGAAUGAACCAAAUGAAAUUCAAUUUAAUAAAGACAUCAGACAAAAUGAAGGCCAUUUCCUUGUCCAAAAUAUCUGAGAAUCAUUUUUUCCCCAAUUGAAAAUUCCCAAAU